GAGGCAUCAUAGGCAGAACAACAGCGGCUUGCCAAUGAGGCGGCCGCCCAAGCUCAGCGAAUUGCUGAGGCAGACGUGACGGUUCGAGAGGAACACCAUCAGCAAGGAGUCCUUGACUCAGAAUGAGAGUCACUGGACUGCACUACUCCAAGGCAUGUUGUUUGAGCCUUCGGACGAGCACGCGGAACUGACACCGGCGGAGGCAGAAAGAAGUAACCUGGCUAACCUGAUGCUGACUAUGAUGCGGGCGGUGAUGUGGAACAAUACGAUGUUGACAGUGCAGAUACACGAGGGCAGACAGCUGAGACAGACUCAGCAGAAAGACGCUGCAGCCUUAACAGCCGCUGUUCGCGCUGCCGCCACACAUCAGCAACAACAGCAACAGCUGUCGAACACCACCACCACACGCGUCAACAGCAUCGAGGCUAAGGCCUCAGCAGCGCCAGGCUGCACGACAGACACGGCGAAGCAGCUCAGGGAACGCAUCGACCAUGUCGUCACUAUUAUCGGCGAAUUAGGUGACUUCACUAGUCCGGCCACAAUCAGCAGCAUGGUGGCUGCCAUCAAGACGGACAUCACCAGACUGAAGUCAGGCUCGGACGCCGCUAAAAAGGCAUACAAGAUGCCAAGCUUCAACAUCGGCAAGUUUGAUGACUACAACAAGACGGACGCUUUGACAUGGUGGCAGGGAUUCCUCACCGAAGCAUCCUGCCACAGUGUACCGCCCGAAGACAUGAUGAAAGCGCUCUACCUCCAACUUAUUGGAGGAGCACAGGCAUGGGUGAACAAUACCGCAGCAAAUCUGAAAUGCACCAUCGCCCAACUGCACACGCACAUUCCGUGGAAGCAGUUUGAGCAAAUGUGGUUCACUCGAUUCAUGGUCCGCAACGCUGUAAAGGCGGCCAUGAACGACGUCUACUCCAGCUCACAAGGGAACAUGCCAACUCGAGACUGGACGAUCAAGUGGCAGAAGAUAGUAACCACUCCAGGCUUCGACUUGAGUUACCACCACAUCGAAAUUCAGCCUCAAGACCGGUACAAGACCGCUUUUAAAACACGGUAUGGGCAUUUUGCGUGGGUCGUGAUGCCAUUUCGACUCACCAAUGCCCCGGCAACCUUCCAAGCAGCCAUGACAACGGAGUUCCGAGACUUGCUUGAUCAUUCCGUCCUCAUCUACCUCAACGAUAUCUUAAUCUAUAGUAGGACGCUCGACGAGCACCUCGUACACCAUGUGGUGUUGGAUCGUUUGCGAGCAGCUAAGUACAAAGCAAACCGCGACAAGUGCGAAUUCGCCAAGCAAGAGCUCGAGUACUUGGGCCAUUAUGUGACGCUGAAAGGCAUUCGUCCCUUAACAGACAAGAUCCAAGCCAUCGUGGAUUGGUCGGAACCCCGUUGCACCACGGACGUACGCUCUUUCAUGGGGAUGGCUGGAUACUAUCACCGCUUCGUCGAGUCUUACUCCAAAGUGGAAGCUCCUUUAUCGAGACUUCAGUCCCCGAAGGUACCAUUCGAGUUCGACGACGCAGCUCGUGGCGCAUUCAAUACAUUGAAGGCGGCGAUACGUGGAUGCGGAGGACGAGUGCAACAGCCCCAACCAGUCGAAAACAGAGUCGACACUAGCCUUUCGACGACAACCAAGGAGCGGCAGAGCACACUGAAAGAGGGUGGGGCAAUCAUCUCGAAGAACGAAGAAGCACAACGCUCUAUAGAUGACUGGUUGGUGUACGAAGGAGUCUCGUUCAACAUGGUGCGCAGUAAGUAUUUCUUGCGCAUGAUACAUAAGGUUCAUGACGCAGAGCGGUCCUUCAUCCUUGCAAAGUACGACGCGCAGUGGACGACACGGUUGGACAUGUCACGGGCUCGCGUUGAGGAGGGAGGUUUGCGGCAGCAGAGAAGUUGGCCUCGUUGGCCUCGAACAGGAUGCAUGCUCCAGCUUGAUGGCUGGACUGAUCGGAGAGGCAGACCGCACUUGAAUGUCAUGGUCUCCUUUCCGACCGGUGUGCUGUUUUGGAAGUCGCACUGCAUGUCAGGCAAGGACAAGGGAGCAGCAUCGUACUUUGAUAUAUUAGCUGAGUCCAUACAUGAAGUUGGUGAAAAGAGUGUGGUUGGAGUGAUCAUGGACAACGCUGCAGUGUGUGUGAGAGCUGGCAGAUUGGUGGAGGAUACAUUCCCUAUGAUUUUCCAUGUGCCAUUUGCUGCUCACUGCCUUGACCUAGUGUUGCACGAUGUAGGGAAGAUAGAGUGGGUGGCUCGAAUGGUGGGGAAGGCGAAUGACUUGGUGAAGUUCGUCAUGAACCACCAGCGAGUCAGGGAUGUUUUCUACAUCCACUUGGGUGGGAGACAGUUGCUGCGACCUGCAGCAACGCGUUUCGUGACCAAUUUCCACAUGCUGGACCGCUUGAAGAAGCAGCGGAAACCGUUGGUGGAUAUGGUCACAACAGACGAGAGGUGGAGAGCGACAUUGGUUCCCCAUGGACAACGGUCGGCCUUCCACGAGAUGGAAGAUGUCUUGCUUGAUGCAGCAGGGUUUUGGGAAGAUGUCAACAAGGCAAUCAAUGUUGUAUAUGACAUUGUUUUGUUGCUGAAGCUGGUGGAUGGCAACAAUCCAACCAUCAGCAAGGUUGACGAAUGGAAUUGGAGCCUUUUUGCAGCAAUUCACUCCAAAGAGCGGAAUGGCUUGGCCCCGGAGACAAUGCACAAAUUGGUGUACAGCAAGUGGAAUAUGCGCUUGCUUGGCUCGCUGCAGCACAUGCCGGAGAGCGCAAAAGACCUUAUUGAAUGGGAUGACCCACCGACGAAGGACGAGCAAAAGGAGGCCAAAGAAAGAGUGAAGUUGGCUGAGCGCCGAUUGAAGAGCCUCACCUCGGCUGGAGACGAUGUUAUUCCACCUGCUGAUGGUGGCGGUGACGAAGAUGGGGAUGAAGCUGUUGUUCCGUGCCGCGAAGAAUGCAACCUCGAGGAGAUUGAAGAGGGGCAGUGCAGGGACUGGCUAGGAUUGACAAUGGAAGGCAACUUCCUCGUCAAACGUUCCCAAACUGAAGUGCGAAGGAGGGCAUGCACCUUGGGAACAGAGGAGCACAUGCGUGCUCACAAAAAGGGGGAUGGUGACACACCGCCUCACGGUGCUGCAACGACAGCACCACAAACGGAGACAGGGACAUCGUCGGCACAACCUGAUCCUCAACGCCAAAAAAAAGCUAGAGGCCGGCAAAGAAAGACGCCAGCGGCGGAUGUGGAGGGUUCGGAUGUCGUGACUGUAAAGGGAGAGAACCCUGCACAGACACUUGAGGAGAACCACGUGCAGAGAGGGGGGCAAGGACAGGGGGGGCAAUGGCAAGGGUGUGGCGAGGAAGUCGCCACGUGAUGAUGAAGAGAGAGAUUCAUCAGACUACUCAUCAGGCGAUGAUGAGCGGCCAUUGGCUGAGAAAAAAUGGGAGGGGAGAGAGAGAGAGAGAGAGAGAGAGAGAGAGAGAGAGAGAGAGAGAGAGAGAGACAUUUUUGGGGCAGUCAUUCAUGAUUCGUGAAUCAUGAACGACUCUGCAAUCAAUUACCACACUUAGGGGACUACGGCGGCCUAAAAGGCUAGAAGUCCAAAUGAACGAUAUCGGAUAUU